GCUUUGCAUAUGGCCGCGAGGAAAAAUCAGCGCGAGCUUUGUAUCCUCCUUCUGGACGCCGGUGCUUCAUUACAUAUGGUCGACGAGGAAGGAAAUACGCCCCUCCAUCUUGCGACACUCUUUAAUCAGCCGGAGAUAACGUAUCUGCUGUUAUCGCGAAGCGCGGCCAUCAAUGCCGUCAAUAACAGAAGACAUAGGGUAAACCCGGUAUAUGCCCUGUUGAAAAAAUUCAUAUGGAUUUUCACAUGGUAAUUUGGGCCAAGAAUUCAUGGAUUUUCACAUGGAAUUCAUAUGGAAUCCAUAUAUAAUUUAUGUGAAAUUUAUAUGAAAUUCAUGUGGAAUCAUGUAUUACAGAUUCUACAAUAAGACUUAUAUUACAGAUGUACAUAGUAUUGAGUAUCAGUAAUGUAUCGUUUCAUAAUUAUUACGGUAAAGAUCAGUAUAAUAAUUCCGGUAUAAGAUUUUAACAAAAAAAAUUUUUUUUAUACUAUGAUUACGUAUUAUUAUUUUUUAGAGUUUAAUUUGUUUUUAUUCUAUUUCGCAUAUUCUCUAUUUUAUUAAUAAUUACAAUUACGCAAGUUGUUAUAAUUUUUGGAAACGCAUCGAGAUCCGAACUUGAGAUCCGUAGAAUAGCAGACUUGUACGCUAACGCUGAGCUAAUGAUUCUUUGUACAAAGGAUGUAUUUUUUCCGGUAUAUAUUUCUCUGUCACUGAGUUUUCGCGUCUGAACAAAUACUGAGAGCUAACAGUAAUAAUUACGGAAUCGCAUAUGAACAAUGAAACUUCUCAAUAAUUAUGUAUUUUUUCAGAUAGUAUAGCUUACAGUUUUAGUUUUUAAAUAUUACUGUAUUUUUCAACAAACUUUACUAUGUUUUCAGUAAGCAUCUACAAAUUUAAACUAAAAUUCGAGAAUAAGCGAAAAUUCAAAGAUUAUUAUUACUGUUUUUUGAAUCUCAUCUGCAGUGUGCAUAGAAUCCACAUGGAAUUCAUAUGGAAUCCACAUGGAAAUCCAUAUAGAAAUCCAUGUGAAAUCCAUGUGGAAAUCCACAUAGAAAUCUACAUGGAUUUUUUCAACAUAUGAAUUGAGAUAUAUAUAUGUAAAUAAUUUAUAAUUCAUAUAUCAUUAAUA